AUGUUCGGCAUAUUGAGAAAAUACCGCAUGAAACUUAAUCCCCAGAAAUGCGCCUUCGGAGUCGGGUCGGGAAAGUUUCUCGGGUUUAUGGUCAGUAAUCGCAGAAUUGAGGCCAACCCUGAGAAGAUCAAAGCUCUGCAAGAUAUGCGAUCACCAACAAAACCAAAAGAGGUGCAAAGAUUGACAGGUUGUGUCGCCACCUUAAAUAGAUUCAUAUCAAAAGCCACUGACAAGUGUGUCCCCUUCUUCGACGCUUUGAGAGGAAACAAACACUUCGAAUGGACGCCACAGUGCGAGGAGGCCUUCCAAAAACUGAAGGAGCAUUUGGACAAACCUCCAAUUUUGUCAAAACCAAACAAUGACGAAGAGCUCAGCCUAUACAUCUCCGUAUCCCAACAUGCCGUGAGCUCCGUACUAAUAAAGGAAGAAGGGAAGGUACAAUUGCCAAUCUACUAUGUGAGUAAAAGACUCCUUGUCGCCGAGUCGAGAUAUAGCGAAAUGGAACGUCUAGCCAUCGCUUUAAUGAUAGCUUCGAGAAAGCUUCGGCACUACUUCCAAUCCCACACGAUACGAGUUCUCACAAACCACCCGUUAAGACAGGCCUUACAAAAGCCGGAAACAUCCGGACGGCUCCUCAAAUGGUCGGUAGAACUGAGCCAGUUUGAUAUAAAAUACAUGCCGAGAACCGCUAUUAAAGGUCAAGCGCUCGCCGACUUUCUGGCUGAAUUCUCUCACAGGCCAACCUACACCCCAUCUGAAGAAACCGAGAUUGCAAGAUGGAAGCUUUACGUGGAUGGGGCUCCAUGGCCCUUCGCCAAGUGGGGGAUUGACCUGAUCGGGCCAUUACAUCCUGCACCUGGGGGGUUGAAAUUCGCGAUCGUUGCGGUAGACUAUUACACGAAGUGGGCAGAGGCCAAGGCCCUAACCACUACCACGGAAGCAGCCUGCACCAAAUUCAUGUGGGACCACAUCGUAUGCAGGUUUGGGGUUCCUCACUCGAUAGUAUCCGACAACGGGAAGCAAUUUGACAACGCCGCGACACGCAGAUUUUGCGACGGUUUGGGCAUCCGAAAAGACUUCUCGGCACCAAUCCAUCCACAGUCAAAUGGGCAAGUCGAGGCCAUCAAUAAAAUUCUCAAGUAUACCCUAAAGAAGAGACUCGAUGACCUAAAAGGGAGAUGGGCCGAGGAGCUUUCCAAGGUUUUAUGGGCAUAUAGAACAACAAGCCGAACUACGACAGGAGAAACGCCUUUUCUCCAUGGCUACGGCGUCGAGACGGUACUCCCCGUAGAAAUUGAAACGCCAACCCUAAGAACUGUUGUCCACAACGACGAGGAUAACGCGGAGGGCAUGAACGGAGAACUCGAUUUACUGGAAGAAAAGCGACUCAACUCCCAAUUACGUCUCGUCGCUUAUCAGCAACGGACGGCACGAUAUUAUAAUAAGAAAGUCCGGCAAAGAAGGUUCACCCCAGGAGACCUAGUGUUAAAAAGGGUGACACAAAGCACAAAACCCAAGAAUACUGGUCCCUUGGGCCUGACUUGGGAAGGACCCCUAUCGCAUAAGGAAAGUACUACGACCUGGCACUUACGUAUUAGAAAACCUCGACGGCAAAAAGGUUCAACACCCGUGGAAUGCUGA